CACAGAGCUUGCAUCCCCAACACAUGCUCUUCAUGGCUGCUUGAGUUUAUCCAAAACAACCUAUAACACAAAACUAAACACCCUUUAAAGCUCUCUCUCUUCUCUCUAUCUCUCACUCUUGCUCUUGAGGUGAAGAGAGAUGGCUGAUCUAAGAGCAAAGCAGGAUGUCAGCCAACCUACGCUUCCAGAUUUUGACCCUCCAAAGAAGCCCAAGAGAAACAAGUUUGCUUUUGCUUGUGCAAUCUUAGCUUCCAUGACUUCAAUCUUACUUGGUUAUGAUAUUGGAGUGAUGAGUGGAGCAGCUAUCUACAUAGAGGAUGACCUGAAAAUCUCAGAUACUCAAGUAGAAAUCCUGGUGGGCACACUUAACGUUUUCUCACUUGUGGGCUCAGCUGCAGCUGGCCGGACCUCCGAUUGGAUAGGCCGUCGGUACACCAUCGUGGUGGCUGGAGCUAUUUUCUUCGUCGGUGCUCUCCUAAUGGGAUUCGCCACCACCUAUGCCUUCCUCAUGGUUGGCCGGUUCGUAGCCGGUGUUGGGGUGGGCUAUGCACUGAUGAUUGCUCCAGUCUACACAGCUGAGGUCUCUCCGGCAUCCUCUCGUGGGUUCCUCACCUCAUUCCCAGAAGUGUUCAUCAAUACAGGGAUCUUGCUUGGCUACGUCUCCAAUUUUGCAUUCUCCAAGAUGCCAACUCACUUAGGGUGGAGAUUCAUGCUCGGAAUCGGAGCUAUCCCUUCAGUUUUCCUUGCUCUGGUUGUUCUAGCCAUGCCGGAAUCACCUCGUUGGUUGGUCCUCCAGGGUCGACUCGGUGACGCCAAACGAGUUCUCGACAAGACCUCCGACUCCAAGGAAGAAUCAGAAGCAAGACUAUCAGAUAUAAAAGAAGCAGCCGGUAUUCCUCAAGACUGCAAUGACGACGUUGUUAAAGUGGUAAAACAAUCCCAUGGCGAAGGCGUAUGGCGAGAAUUACUCCUUCAUCCUACACGAUCAGUUCGUCAUAUCUUAAUUUGCGGAAUCGGAAUCCAUUUCUUCCAGCAAGCGUCAGGAAUAGACGCUGUCGUUUUGUACAGUCCAAGGAUCUUUGAGAAGGCUGGGAUCAAAUCAGACAACGACAAGUUACUAGCGACCGUAGCCGUUGGAUUCGUGAAAACAAUCUUCAUCUUAGUGGCAACAUUUUUGCUAGACAGAAUCGGACGGCGACCGUUGCUUCUAAGUAGCGUAGCAGGGAUGAUAUUUUCAUUAGCAACCCUUGGAUUUUCGUUGACCAUCAUAGACCACUCGCACGAGAAGGUAACGUGGGCGAUUGCACUAUGCAUAGCGAUGGUGUUAGCGUACGUAGCGUUCUUCUCAAUAGGGAUGGGCCCCAUAACAUGGGUGUAUAGCUCAGAGAUAUUCCCGUUGAGGCUACGCGCGCAGGGAGCGAGUAUGGGAGUGGCAGUGAACAGAGUAACGAGUGGGGUCAUAUCUACGACUUUUAUUUCGUUGUACAAAGCUAUAACCAUAGGUGGGGCCUUUUUCUUAUUCGCGGCAAUAGCAGCGGUGGCUUGGACAUUCUUUUUUACAUUUUUGCCCGAGACGCAAGGGCGGACGUUGGAGGAUAUGGAGGCCCUUUUUGGUAAUUUUAUCAACUGGCGGUCAGUUUUGAAGGAGGCCAAAUCGAAGGAUCUACAGAAAGGCCGUGGUGCUCAAACUGAGAGUAACUCUCAAGUUCAGUUGGCUACUUCUUCUGGUGCGACUACUGCUGCUGCUUAGUUUAAGGGUACUUUGGUAAAUCUACGUAUUUUAAAGUCUUUUUAAUUUUGCCCUUUGAAGUUUGAAGGUGUUGAUAAAAAAAAAAAAGUUUGAAGGUGGGGAUGGGCUUAUGCACUAGAGGUGGAAAUGGAAAGUUUAUAUGAAUGGAAAAAGAAAAAAAAAUGAUACAGAUAAUAUUCCAAACAA